GGUGAAAAACUUGGUAUUUUUAGUACCAACACGCAUAAAUAGCGCAGUUCGUAUGUUUGAAAGACGAUGCCCAUCGACUGCUGUAACCAGCCAAAAGUACGAGACUGCUUCAGAACGUUAAAUAUAGAGCAGGCACCAUGGUCUUGUCUUAACGAGCUUGUUUGACUAAUAAUUUCACAGAUGUUUAGUACACAGCUCCUCUUCCACAAAUCAAUGUCUUUUAUGAUUUGAUCUUGAAAUCCAAACAGCGGCGCAGAGCGCAGGUACGGUGAUGAUAUUGAGCAGCAUGAGCAACAUGACGCUUGAAGACGUCAGGGCCGGGGCACCCGGCAGUCUACUGUGGCAGCAGACGUACAUUUUUCCCAACCGGUCGCUCACCGAGUCGCUGGUCAAGAGGGCAGCUGCCAGAGGCUUCGCGGCCAUUGUGGUCACCGCGGACUCUCCCGUUUCUGGAGACGGCGUGCGGCGCCAUCCGUAUAUGUCACGACCGCCGCGUGGCCUCAGUUUGGCCAAUUUGGAGGCAUCAUAUACGGAUGAGGUCCAUGGAUGCAAGCUCCAGGAAUCAUAUUUGAGGGACAAGGAUCGUCUGGCUUCGGCUACGUUGAACGACAUCGAAUGGCUACGCGGGCUCUCGAAGCUGCCCGUGGUCGUCAAGGGCGUCCUUACUGCCGAAGCGGCGCUCCAAGCACACCGCCACGGAGCAGCCGCCGUCAUCGUGUCCAACCACGGAGGCCGCCAGCUGGAUGGAACCCCGGCCACGAUUGACGUUCUGCCCGAGAUCGUCGCCGCUGUUGGUGACAAGAUGGAAGUAUACUUGGACAGCGGAGUGCGAACAGGUGCGGACGUCGCCAAGGCGCUCGCGCUGGGAGCUCGGGCGGUGUUCGUGGGACGACCUGUGCUGUGGGGACUCGCAUACGACGGCAAGCAAGGUGUCGACAGAGUGUUGCACAUAUUGAGAGAGGAACUUGAGCACACUAUGCGACUCCUCGGUUGUUCUGACGUUAGGGACCUGUGCGAAGAAUUCCUCAUCGCCAAGAAUCACUGCUCGAGACCAUUUCGAUCUACCCUAUAAGCGAGGAAGACAUUGUUGCAGGGUCUGUUCGCUGGGAUGGUGGUGUAUGCGCUGCAAAUUUGGGGGCCGUAGGAAAGAGAUGACCCGGACAUGCUGCUUGGAUUGUUAGAGGAUGUUAGUAAUUGCCCUGACGAACGACUGUUUCAUUUUUGUGUAACAUUUUUGCGUCUCUGACUGGUUAUGUGCAUGUACUGAACAACGUUCAGGAGAGCAGAAACUUGCAGAAGUUUCUUAUUUCUCCACAUUUGUAAUCCAUCAUGGCUGAACCUCUUGUUCAAGAGAAUAUGUACAUGAAUUUGCUGAAUAAAGAAUGCAGGUAUUAAAUCCUCGUUGGCUCUAGUACGAGUGGAAACGGAAUAAGAAAAUCGCACGAAAACACGGUUUCUUGAACAAUGGACGCUUGACGUAGAGCACUAUGGUUCCGUGGCAGAAAGUAUUUAUUGCAGCGACCACUUAAAAGCUCACUUAACGCAAAUAUUGUUCAUGUGUAAAUUCCAUGGAUAAUCUGCAUGUCAACUGCAGAAAAGAGUGAUGUUUUCUACAGAAAAUUAGAAAUCAGAGUAACGAUAUGCAUGUACAUCUGUAUUUGUAGAAUUUGUUUUCGUUGCCUUUCAUUUAAAUGCAGUACAAGUUGCUUUCACUCAUAGGCGAUUGACAGGUUCGGAAGCGUAGAAUAUUCGAAUGGUGAUGCGCCUAUAAGCCUGUGUUAUAGCAAAUUGCUGUGUUAUAGUAAAUUGACCUGGGCACUAUGAAGAGAACGAGACAAAUGUGUUGUCAUAUUACAGUCUGCAAUGUGUGAAUAAUUACUUUGCAAAAUUGCCAUCUUGCUGUGAUUACUGCAAUAAAAAUACCUCGUUGUUACUCUUAA